CUUCGUCCAUCCCAUGCAAGGCAAAUCGCUUCACCGAAAGAUGGAGGCAAUUCCUCUCCUUUCAGUCCGUUGGGGAAUUCUGGGGACCGGCUGGGUGUCCACCCGUUUCGCCGCCGACCUCCUCAACCCCCGUUCCUCCACCCCCGUACGGCACAAAAUCGCCGCUCUAGGGACCUCCUUAGAAGUGAAAGGAGCCAGCUUUAUCUCUACCCUCUUCCCAUCUGGCGCCCCAGAUUCUGGUAAACCGAAGAUCUACACAAGUUAUAGUGAUGUCUACAUCGACCCAGAAGUUGAUAUUGUUUAUAUCGGCACUCCUCAUUCCUAUCACAAAGAACAAUGUCUCGCCGCCAUAGCUGCAGGAAAGCAUGUACUGUGUGAGAAGCCAUUUACCAUCAACGCUGCUGAAGCGGAAGAAGUGAUUGCUGCUGCAAAAGUCAAGGGGGUUUAUAUCAUGGAAGCUGUAUGGACGCGCUUCUUCCCCUUGGUCCUGGAUUUGAAGAAAAUGUUGCAUGAGGAUAAAAUCAUAGGCGACAUCCACCGCAUGACCUGCGAUUUCAGUCUUCAAAAGGACAUGGAAAACCUACCGGCUACCCACAGAUACAAAGACAUUAAUCUCGGUGGUGGAGCACUGCUCGAUAUCGGUGUCUACCCAUUAAUGUGGUCGAACAUAGUCCUCGACGGGUCCGUGGGCUCAUCUGCCUCGACCCCGGAGGUUUCAUCCACCAUGGUUGUGAUAGAUGGGGUUGACCAUGAGGACGUCGUUGUGAUGAAAUAUCCUGAAACGAAUAGGGUUGGGGUUUUGACAGCCAGUUUGAGAGCCAAAGGAACAGAAGAGUUUCUCAAGGUUGAAGGGAGUAAAGGAGUGAUUACAGUCAGUGGGCCUGGAUGCAGUUUGCCAAAGAAAGUGAAGAUUCAAGUUGAAGGAGAGGAAGAGAGGGUGAUGAAUUACGAUCAUGAGGCGAUGGGGUUUCGUUUUGAGGCUGAUAGUGUGGCGAAAGAUGUGUUAGAGGGAAGGAAGGAAAAUCUCAUUAUGCCGUUGAAGGAGACGGUUCGGAUGAUGAGGGUAAUGGAUGGAAUUAGAAAGCAGGGCGGGGUUGUGUAUCCGCAAGAUGAACAAAGGUGAACUUCAUUUUUGUGUUGAGCGGGUAAUUGCUGAACAUUUAGAUGAGGUAAUGUACUGAGAUUGAUGCUUAAUUGCGGCAAUUGUCCGACCCGAUUUCGAAUGGAAGUUACUCAUCCAAACAGCCCACAUCGCACUCAUCAACUAGUAGCCGAAGCGUCUUCGUUAGAUUAAUGGCCGAAGAUGAAGAAUGCAAAAUGGGGGAAGGGGCGGCAUACCUUACCGACCUAGCCAUACGGUUCAGCAAUAUACACCCAAAAUCUAUCCCUC